AGGAGGAGAAGACCGAAAAAUGGCGACGUCGAACAAUCCGCGGAAAUUUAGCGAGAAGAUUGCUUUGCACAACCAGAAACAGGCAGAGGAGACGGCGGCCUUCGAGGAAGUGAUGAAGGACUUGAGCAUUACUCGAGCGGCACGGUUGCAGCUCCAGAAGACUCAAUAUUUGCAGCUGGGACAAAACCGUGGCCAAUACUAUGGUGGAUCUUUACCUAAUGUGAAUCAAAUUGGAAACAGCACAAUUGACCUGCCCUUUCAGACUCCAUUUCAAACAUCUGGACUUGACACAAGCCGGACAACUCGUCAUCAUGGCCUAGUUGACAGAGUAUAUAGAGAUCGGAAUAGGCUCACCUCUCCUCACAGACGCCCCCUCUCUGUGGACAAGCAUGGCCGCCAGAUUGACAGCUGUCCAUACGGCUCUGUGUAUCUGUCACCUCCACCGGACACCAGUUGGAGAAGAACCAAUUCAGAUUCAGCCCUACACCAGAGCACAAUGAACCCCAGUACUCAGGACACAUUCAUUGGUGGUUCUCAGGAUUUACAGCAGAAAAGAGUGCUGCUGUUAUCAGUUCCUGGAACAGAAGAUGUUGAAUCAGAAGCAGACAAAACACUGCAGAAACAAAUAUGGGACAAUAAAAAGAAUGCAUCAAGACCCAAAUCCUGUGAAGUUCCAGGAAUCAAUAUUUUUCCAUCACCUGAUCAGGAAACAACCACGUCUCUGAUUCCAGCCACCCACAACACUGGAGGUUCCUUGCCAGACCUGACCAACAUCCAUUUCCCACCUCCACUUCCUACACCAUUAGACCCUGACGAUUCCUCUUUCCCAACACUGAGCACCUCCAGCAGCACUGGUAAUCUUGCAGCAAACCUUACUCACUUGGGAAUCGGCGCAGGCAGUCAGGGGUCUACGACAACGCAGGGAUCACUUAGUGGAACAGCUCAGCAUCGAGAUUCAGGAGUUGGCCCACUACCCUUGAAUUCAGACUCUAGGAGGCAACAGUCUCAGCAGCUUUCGCCUACCUUAUCACCACCCAUUACCAUCCCUCAGGCUGUUGGAUUAGAUGCCAUAACAUUGGAGCAACAGCUCACAGCCUACCCCUUCUUUGCUCAGUCCACUUCACAGACGCAGACAGUUAGUGGCUUGCCGCAGCAGAGACUGGUACAACUCCCACCCCUCACUGUCUCUACACCUUCCUCCUCCAUCCCACAAUCUCCCCCGGGUAAUCCAACACAAACAUCCGUGGGGAUUGACAUCAAUUCGGCCUCACUCCAGCAAUACCGCAGUAAUGCUGGCUCUCCUGCCAACCAGUCUCCCACUUCUCCUGUCUCCAAUCAAGGCUUCUCUCCUGGCAGCUCCCCUCAACACACCUCCAUCCUUUGUAGUGUGUUUGGAGAUUCUUACUAUGAUCAGCAACUUGCAUCUAGACAGACAAAUGCUCUGUCCCAUCAGCUUGAACAGUUCAACAUGAUUGAAAACCCCAUCAGCUCCAGCAGUCUAUAUACCCAGUGCUCCACACUGAAUUUCUCACAAGCCGCUAUGAUGGGUUUGACUGGUAGCACCAGUAGCCUGCAAGAUGUACCACAGCUUGGCUAUGCCAGCCAUGGCAACAUCCCCAAUAUUAUUCUUACAGUUACAGGGGAAUCCCCACCUAGCCUCUCAAAAGAACUCACUAACUCACUGGCAGGAGUUGGGGAUGUCAGCUUUGAUGCAGACUCUCAGUUUCCUCUGGACGAGCUCAAAAUCGACCCUUUAACACUAGACGGACUACACAUGCUGAAUGACCCAGACAUGGUGCUUGCUGACCCCGCUACAGAAGAUACAUUUCGAAUGGAUCGGCUCUAGGCAUCCCCAAGUCCUCUUCCUCUUUCCUCCCUUUUGUUUCUCCAAAGUCACUUCCUGGCCUCAUGGAGGUGAGCAGAAUAAGCAUCUGAACUGAAUUUGGGAGAAAGGCGCUGAAGCGGAGGAGCAGGCAGAAGCCUAUGUGCAUUCAGCAAAUUCUGCUUCUUGUCCUGAGCUUGUGAUGCCAAUUGCGCCAUGCCCCCUCCCCCAACUCCCCCCACCCCUUUUAAUUAAGCUGCUUGCCAAUGCCAUACAUCCCUUUUGGCACAAAAGACUGAAUGACCCCUACCCCCAUAUACUCCUUGCAAAGCUUGCAGAUAUGUAUUUUGGUGACAGAUUCAGCUUUGGACCUGCCUGCUGUUUUUAGGUAGGAGGAUUUAAGCGAAAUAAUAUCAAUGGUGUUUAUGUGAGAGACAAAAAACAAACACAAAAAACUGAAUGUGAAUACAUUUCUUGAAACAGAAGUCUCUUAAUUUACAGUCUCUCAUCAAAACCUUCAUCAAGUGGUGCACUUUGACCUCUUAUGUUUCUGUCACAUGCCGCAUUAUGGUAGUUUCCACCCAGUAUGGCCCCAAGUAAUGCUUAAUGUUUUAUUUGUUAUUUAUCAUUUCUCUGUUUUUAAAUCUAACAGAAGGAGAAGUUCUCCCACCCUUUUAUUUUUUAUUAUUCUUUUUUGUGAUUUAUUUUUCUCAAAAAACUUUACACUUUUUAGUUUAAGAAACCCCAGCUGUGUAGAUAUUAAACUAUUUAGUGUCAAGGUAAAGAAGGAAGAAAAAUUUAGCACUACUUUGCUAAGUAUAUUCCCACCAACCAACCCCACCGAUUUUGAAGUAUUUAUCUUACAGUAAUAACAGACUUAAAGAAACACUAUAGUAAAUGAGGUGGAAAGUAUUUUUCAAACCUGAAAAUCACUGUGAAUUCACCCAGUAAUGCCUUAUGCGGUGAUGGGGCUUGUGUGUGUUUUUUUUUUUUUGUUGUUUGUUUUUUUUGUUUUGUUUUUUGUGUUUUUUUUUUUGGCUUUUUAUCUACUGUUGCAUAUGUAAUGUGAAUAAUUUCAUACUUCUUUGUGGUGUGAUAGGGAAUAUAUUUAUACUAUGUGUUUUAUUUUCAUUCUAUAACAGUGAGCAAAAUAGUACCACUCCCAGCCUAGCACAACAGAAUUCUUGUACUGCAGCAGUUAUAUUUGGUAAAGGGUUUUAUUAUUUGUUCUAACAUAUUUGUAUAGAUGUUUAGAAGAAAAAAAAAAACUAUGACUUUUUUGGGGGAGAUGGGAUAAGUUACUUGGCCAAAAAAAGGAUGCUCAGCAGUAUUGAGGCCCAACUUCAACUUUCUUAAGCAGCGGCCUUUUUUUUUUUUUUUUUU